AAAUGACUGAGCAAUGGCCAAGAAUAAAGUCUUGACGAUAUAUAAAACCAGCUUGCUUUGUUUGUAUAAAACCACAAUUGAAAUCACGUAGUGUUUCCAAUCGAAAUGGCCAAUUCAUCUGAGCAGAAAGUUAAAUGCCAGCCGGAAAGCGCAUGCUUUCGCGAGUUUUGUGUACAGUCCGCUCAACAUACGACUGACCGAAAAACAGGAACUAUACACACAAUAUGUGCUGGUUUGACGCUGUCGAACACGUGUGUGGGUGGAAUAUCUGAGAUGUCUAGCCCCUGUCAGCCGGUGAUCAGGCAUCAGAUGGGAAACGUUGGCGUUAAUGACAUUUACGCGCAAGACGACGACGGCGACACGCGCCUCCACGUCGCUGUUUUAGAUCAAGACGCCGACCUUAUUUCACUCCUUAUACGAAGUUCCCCGCACUUGUCGUGGAUUUCCCAACAAAACUUUCUGUUUCAAAGCCCUCUUCACUUAGCAGUGAUCACAUCACACAUUGGUGCCGCUCGUAUGUUGGUAUGCGCGGGUGCGAGUUGGACAGUACACGACGUAAACGGAAAUACCCCUUUACACAUAGCGUGCCGAGAUGGGCAUCUGGAAAUGGCGAAAACUUUGUUACAGCCCGUUAAUAUCAAAGAAACUAUGGUUCAUUUUCAAAACAAGAGGAUACCACAAGAACUUUCUGUUCGGAACUACGAUGGUCUGACGUGCGCGCACCUGGCCGCCAACCGCGGACACGUGGCUCUCGUACAGCUUCUUGUGAUUCGGGGCGCAGAGGUCAACGUUGGCGAAGGUAAAACCGGAAGAACAUGUCUUCAUAACGCGUGUAUCAUCGGGGACGUUGCCAUGGUCAGGGCGCUUCUGCAAAUAAAAACGUGUGACAUUAACGCCCGCGCCUACGACGGACGGACCCCGUUUGACCUUGCCCGAGCUCGGGGCCAUGAAGACGUCUGUAUGUUACUGGCGGCACAAGGCGCCAUAUUGAAAGAAGACAGUGGUUAUGACCUUAUGUAUCUAAAAGAUUAGUUGGGUGAUUUCUUGCUACGUACGUUCGUUCUUUGAAAC